CAGGCAAUCAAUAUUAGUCAUCCAUUCGGUUUGAAAAUCUGGAAACCUGCACUUUACCCAAAAUCUCGCAGCAUCGAUUACAAAUCAUACGAAGCGCUUCAUUCUGUUCCUGGCUCGGUUUCAUCUCGUUUUCUUUAUCUGUCACCUGAUAAUCUUUGUUGGACACUGUUAUUUGGCUGGUGGAUUGCCUUGAUCUAUGUCAUAGUCGCCAUUGGAAUACUGGGCCCUAUAUGCUUGAUUGGUUAUUUAGGUUAUGGAGUAUGUUGGGUGUUACUAAAUCUAGCAGACUACAUGUUUUGGCCAUUUGGCAAGUUUAUUGCAAAGAAAAAGGGUUAUCAUAUGGUUUUUGAACAAGUCGUGGAUAAUGCUGCUACCAUGGACUCGAAUCCAAUCCCUCAUCCUGCCCAAGAAUACGUAGGCAUUGACAUCAAUGAUCCAUUACAAUCAUCUAAUCAUGGUGCUCGUAGUGUUCAAGCCGAUGGCUCAUACUAUGUCAAUGGGCAUUUGGAAGGAGGUGAACUACAAGAUCUACUAACAGAGUUUUCUCUUGGUGUUGGUCGUCACGAUCACUACUCUUGGCCAUCUUGGGUUCCUUGUUUUGUCAGACGUACUUGGAAUGCUGGAUUUUCUGGAUUUACAUUUUACGUUGUGGCUCUCUUGAUUAUCGCACCUGUUCAUUUGAUUGUCAGCGCUAUUUGCUUUUUCUUCAUCUUUCCUGUUCCCAUGGCAAGACUUACCUAUGUGUUGCUUCGUCAUCUACUGCGGACUCCUUUGCCUGUUCGCAAUACAGCACGUUCAUAUUCAAGACCUCACAGCGAAUAUGAAAUUGUGCUGUGCACUUAUCACUCAAUGGGAUUUGCUUAUUACAAGUACACGGUGGAUGGCACAAACAUCAUCUUUAUCAACUUGCUCUUCAUGAUUGCAUUUACAUUGUUUGACUUUUAUGUCAUUGGCCCAAGCAAUGGAUACACUGGCAUUGCUGGUCAUGGUCCAAUCUUUGUGUUUGCGUUACUGAGUGUGAUCCCACUUGCAUACUUUAUUGGCAUGGCAGUCUCUAGCAUUACUGCCCACACGGGAUCUGUAGCAAUUGGUUCGGUCAUUAAUGCUACCUUUGGCAGUAUUAUUGAAAUUAUUCUAUACAUCAUUGCAUUGAUGGAAGGAAAAAACCAGCUGGUUGAAGGGUCGAUCAUUGGUUCCUUUUUAGCUGGCUUGCUUGCACUUCCUGGUGUUGCCAUGUUUUCUGGUGGAUUGGUUCGUAAAGAACAGCGAUUCAAUGCAAAAAGUGCUGGUGUUACUAGCACUAUGAUGGUGGUUGCCGUAAUUGGAGUAUUUACACCCACUCUAUUUCAGACCAUUUAUGGGUCAGUCCAGAUCUACUGCUCCGACUGUCAUGUUCGAGGCUCUAAUCUUGCCCAAACCAUUGUGACAAUGGCAUCUGAUUCUACAAACUCAAGUUGCAGACAAUGCUCAAUCAGCAAGGUUCCUCCAUCCAGAGACCACGUUUAUCUCACGUCGACAAAACCACUCAUGUAUUUCUGUGCGAUUGUUUUGGUUCUUACCUAUGCGGUUGGACUUUGGUUUUCUCUUGGAACUCAUGCAAGUGGUCGCGAUGAUGCUUCUUCUGCUCGAUCUGAAUCUGAUGAAUCCGAUCAAGAAGGUGGUCAUGACAAUCCUGGUUGGAGUUCUUUUAAAUCAGCAUUGGUACUGCUUGCAUGCACUGUUCUUUACUCGAUCAUUGCAGAAGUUUUGAUUGAUUCAAUCGACUUUGUUUUAGAAACGUUUCCUAUGGAUGAAAAAACAUUGGGAUUGACUAUUUUUGCCAUUGUUCCCACCAUCACCGAGUUUUACAAUGCUAUUGCGUUUGCAGUGAAUGGAAACAUUGUACUGUCGUUGGAAAUUGGGUCGGCGUAUGCCAUACAAGUUGCUUUGUUGCAAAUUCCGGCUUUGGUAGCCUUUUCUGCCGUGUGGGAAUGUGGUCAUGGCGAAGGUGUCGAAUCGCAAAACUUUACUCUUGUUUUUCCCAACUGGGAUUUUUACUCGGUCAUGUUUGCCAUGUUUCUCUUGACCUAUAUCUACAUUGAAGGCAAGAGCAACUAUUUCAAGGGAGCUAUUUUAUUAUUGAGUUAUUCGAUGCUGAUGGCAGCGUUUUUCUUUGUCCCAAAAGGCAUGGAUGGACUACUCUUUGGUAUUUGA